GUAGCAACAAUGGAGUACAAGAAUAGCAGUAUUAAUCGGACGCUUUUCUAGUUUAAGAAGCCAUUUUGUCAAAAGAAAGAAGUGACUGCUUCUCCUCGCAAGUCGCAAUCCAAUUUCUCCGUUGUCUCGCCGACUACGCCUCCGCCAUGGUCUUCUUCCGGUUUUCGUUAGUGUUACUACUGCCUAUGCCGGCUAUGGGGUUUCUGAGAAAGGAAUAUACAGAGCCAAGUGGGUCUUUUGGUCCAGCAUGUUUAUUGAAUAUUUCUUUUUCUUUUUUCCUUCUUUCAUAUUUGUUGUUUUUUUACUUAUUCAUGAGUUGUAUAACUUACUUGAAGUGCAUUAGAAAUGACCUUUCAUAUUUAAUUUUCACUCUACACACAUUCAACACAGAGUUAGUGAGGUCUUGAUGUGCAUGGCAAAUAAUGUCACUACAUGGCUUAACUAAGAUUUAAAAAUCUGAGUUUGAGAGAUGAUAUAACCAUUCAGGGUAUUAUAACUCUUUAGAAUAACCUACUGGUAUGCACAAUGUGGAUUGCAAACUUAAUUUAUAAAGGAUGGUUGUAGAUUGUGAAAGUGUGCAUGAUAUUCUUUGCUAUCACAUAUUGGGGAAGAGUGGACUUUAUGAAGUUUGGUCAUAGGAAUACAAUGGAUGGUCAUCAGGUUCAGCUUCAUGUUAGUCUCGGUUAGAGGUGUCAUCUCCUUACUAGUGAUCUAGGGAUGAUAUACUUGUCAAAUUGCCACGAUGCUGAGGUCUUGAUUGUUGGUAUUAGCUGAAAUUGCUGUAUUUUCCUUGGCAAAUCAUCCUUUCACUACAUGGCAGGUAUAUUUUUCUUAUCUCAUCUGAAACUUUGAGUUCUAUUUGGUAUCACCUAUGCUUUUGAGUUUUUCCCUUUUGGGUUUUAUUUUUAUUUUUUUUGUUUUCUGCAGUUCUUUUUCUUCUGUUUUUAAUUCAAAAAUAAAAUGAGUUGAAAAACAUAGAUGUUUUUGUUUGCUGUUUGAGAAUUUUACUAGCAGCUUCUUUGGAAAUUUGCAAAAAAGAUUUAUCUUUUUUGGCUACAAAUUUACACUAGACACUGUAUAUAAUUAACGCUAUUAUGUGUU